AUGCCUCCCAAGAACGACUCCUUCGCUCCCGGUGACGCCGCCAAGGGUGCUAAGCUCUUCCAGACCCGUUGCGCCCAGUGCCACACCGUCGAGGCUGGCGGUCCCCACAAGGUCGGCCCCAACCUGCACGGUCUCUUCGGUCGUAAGACCGGUUCUUCCGAGGGUUACGCCUACACCGACGCCAACAAGCAGGCCGGUGUUGAGUGGAACGAGGACACUCUCUUCAAGUACCUCGAGAACCCCAAGAAGUUCAUUCCCGGAACCAAGAUGGCCUUCGGUGGUCUCAAGAAGGGCAAGGAGCGCAACGACCUCAUCACUCACCUCAAGGAGGCCUGCGCAUAA